CGCAAAUAAGAGCUCACCUCUCCCCUCUUCCCUGGAUCAGCUUGUUCCCCAAACCCAACCCUCCACCGCAGCACGCAGAGCGGCGCAGCCAUGGUGCUCGAGUCGACGAUGAUCUGCAUAGACAACUCGGAGUGGAUGCGGAACGGCGACUACUCGCCGUCCCGCUUCCAGGCGCAGGCCGACGCCGUCAACCUCAUCUGCGGCGCCAAGACCCAGUCGAACCCGGAGAACACGGUCGGCGUCAUGACCAUGGCCGGCAAGGGCGUGCGCGUGCUCGUCACGCCCACCAGCGACCUUGGCAAGAUCCUCGCCUGUAUGCACGGGCUGGAGGUUGGAGCUGAAGCAAACCUGGCGGCAGCCAUCCAGGUCGCUCAACUGGCGCUCAAGCAUCGCCAGAACAAGAGGCAGCAGCAGAGAAUUAUAGUGUUCAUCGGAAGCCCUGUGACAUACGACAAGAAGAUGCUGGAGCAGAUAGGGAAGAAGCUCAAGAAGAACAAUGUUGCUCUUGAUGUUGUUGAUUUUGGUGAAGCUGAUGAUGAGAAGCCCGAGAAGCUGGAAGCGCUGAUCGCUGCUUGUAACAGCAGUGACAGCAGCCACAUCGUCCAUGUUCCCCCGGGUGAACAUGCCCUUUCUGAUGUUCUUAUAAGCACUCCUAUCUUUACCGGUGAAGAAGGCGGAAGCGGUUUUGCUGCUUCUGCAGCUGCCGCUGCAGCUACUGGAGCUACUGGAUACGAUUUUGGCGUUGACCCGAAUGUGGAUCCAGAGUUGGCACUUGCCCUGCGCUUGUCUAUGGAAGAAGAGCGAGCAAGGCAAGAGGCUAUCGCCAAAAAGGCUGCUGAAGAAUCUUCUGGUGCUGACAAUAAGGAGGCCUCAAGCUCAAACACCGAUUCUGUUAUGGCUGAUGCGGAACCUGCCUCAAAUGCUUCUGCUGAUGAUAAGGGAGAUCAACCAAAGGAUGAUGAUGAUGCUGAUCUACUACAGAAGGCUCUAGCAAUGUCAAUGGACGAGGGAGCUUCAGGAGCUGCAGCUGUGGCUGAUGCCGCUAUGGCUGAAGCUGCUGCAGAUGACCAGGAUUUGGCAUUGG